AGCUACUCUACUUUUUAGCAGUAACUGGGAGAAAAGUCGGUUCUACCCCCUUGUUGAGUUGAGCAUGCGCUGCACAAGGAAGGGAAAUCUGGUCAUUUUCACUUGAUUCAUUUCUACGCAGCACUGUUUCUACGGCCUUAUACUUGUUAACUUAGUGCAGGAGCUGGUCGCGUCAGAUAAACAAGAGAAAAGUCGUUCCUGCCCUUGGUCUUAGUGAGAUGAACGGCGGCUCUAUAUAAGGCAGGGCAAUCAAGUCACUUCAACAUGUCUCUCAAGCAGCAACUGCUUCCCUCCAAUUUCCUUCCGAACCCGACAGGCGACAGGCGACACGAAGGUAACCGCCCCCGAGCUCCUCAUCGUCUCGCUCUCUGCUACCCUGUUCGCAGCUCGGGCUCUCCAGUGGAGGCCAUGGAGGGGGAGCUCGGGUACCUGUCGCCUGCGGGUUCGUCCUGCGUCUCCACCGAGCGCUUCGGCUGGUCGCCGCGGGAGAAGCUGCUCGACUCCACUCCCUCGUCGCGCGUAUCCGACGGCCGCGGCAAGGGAGGCCUGCUCCGUUCGCCCACAUGGGGGCCAUCACCGACGGAGACGCAGCUCCACUCGCCCUCAUCGUGCGUCUCCGACGACCGCUACAUCUCGCCGCUUCGCAUGUCGGCGGAGCAAGCGAGCGAGGUGCACGAGGCGGAGAGGCUCCUCCGCGCGAUCGCCGACCGCUACGACGACUGCUUCCUGCGCCUGCGCGACGCCACGGCCGAGGUCGCUGACCUCCGCCUCGAGCGCCUCCGCCUCAGAGCGGAGAGCAUGCACCUGUCUCUCCUCCUCGAGGAGCUCGAGGCCGAUCAGGGGAAGCGGGCGAUCGCGCCGGCUCCGACACCACCGCCGAAGCCGACUGAGGAGGUAGCAGCACGCGGGGGCGCGCCGAAGAGCAUCUCCAUCCGUUCCAAGUGCUACCUCUCGCAGGCGAAGCAGCCGCGGGGCGAGGCAGAGGCGCAGCGCCUCCGUGUUCGUCCGCCUCCUGCGAUCGAGCAGGCAGGGGAGGACGAGGCGAAGGGGGAUGGAGAAGUGGUCGAGCUGGAGGCGUACAGGCAGGGCACCCAGAAGACGGAGCUGUGCAACAAGUGGGAGGGCGGCGCCUGCUCCUACGGCGGCCGGUGCCGGUUCGCGCACGGCCUGCAGGAGAUGCGCCCCGUCAUCCGCCACCCGCGCUACAAGACCCUCCCCUGCCAGAUGUUCGCUGCCGCCUCUGGCUGCCCCUACGGCCACCGCUGCCACUUCCGUCACUCGCCAGCGCCCACCGCCCAGUCCUACUAGUCCGCCGCCGCGGCCACCAACAUCAACUGCUCGUCGUCUCCUACUGCCGUGUACUGGCUUCCUCUCCUCCGACCUGCCUUCCUCCCCUCAUUGCCUGCGCGCAUGUCUGAUGCCUUCAUCAGGGACUGCUUGCGUGUGUCAUAGAAUCAGUAGUAGCAUUACGCAUUGAGCUCAUUUAAUCAGUAGCUUAAAGUUUAAAAACAGUUAUUAAAAUCAGUAGUACUAGCUUUUUUAGAAGAUCUAAAAUCAGUAGCUUAUAGUAAGAUAAAGCGAUCUGCUCGUUCAGGGCAGGAAAACAGUAGUGGCAGUGUCUUGCUGGUUCAGGGCAGGAAAACAGUAGUGGCAGUGUCUAGCCAGUGAUGGGCCAAAUGGGCCGUGCAUGACUUGUGUGAGCGUUGGGGGAAAAAGCUACUGCAAGUGUAUCAUCGGUUCGUUGUUAUCUUGUUGAUCAGAACUAGCCCAGAUAAGCUUUGUAUAUAUGGUGGAUGGAUAUUGGAGUAGGCCCAGCAUGCCCAACAUUUAUAUGCCGAAGUGUUCUUAUGUUUCGAGAAAGCUAU